CUAGAUACAAAACCCAAAUGUAGAAACCAACUUGAUAUAGAAUGCAAAUCUAUAAAAAAAAAUAGAGAAGAAUCAAAUAGCAUUACUUUUCUGUCAAAUAUUGGCUACCUCAAUAACAUUGUACUAGACUGGUAACCACAACCCUUGUGAUUCAAAAGUUUGAAUCGCCAACCCUCGACAGUGUAUAUAUAAAUAUGUUAUCUUCCCCAUUUUCUUUGAACACUACUCUCUGAUCGAGUAUUUAACACAUCCCUUCCCUUGAGUAACUCAUUCAAUUAUUUGUCUCUUCAUUCUCUACCUACCUUUAUAUUUCAACUAUCGGUGUUGCCUUCUUCGCUAAAACCUGAAGUCCAUACCUACAUCGGAUUCCAAUUUCUCCAUUCCAACACAAAUCUCUCUUCCAUAACCAAUGGAAUCUGCUCCAAAGCUCAAGCAAAACCAUGGCUGCACUUCCCUCCAUUCCACUCAAUUGUUGAUACGCAUUCUCUCGUCUUUCUUCCAACUUCAAAACUUCUUCAUUCUCAUUCUCCUCGUUUUCAUGGAAGCGUAUAUUUUCUUAAAUGGAUGGAAUCCCAUUUUCUAUUUCUUCCUCCUAUUGUCUUCUUAUACUUUCUGCAAAUACAUCAUUAAGCUUCCCAUUCUGAGUGCUCCUCGUCCUGUCUAUUUAGUUGACUUCUCAUGCCUCAAACCACCAAGCUUCUGCAGGGUUCCCUUCUCUCUUUUCCUCGAAAAUGCAACGUUGAUGAAUACUUUCGACAAAAACAGCCUCAGUUUCAUGGCCAAAACUCUCAAAUCUUCUGGACAGAGUGAACAAACAUGCCUCCCUCCAGCCCUGCAUUUCAUACCACCCAAAACCCAUCAACAAGAAUCCAUUCAUGAAGUCCAUAUGGUACUAUUUCCUGUAAUGGACGAUCUUUUAACCAAAACCCAUCUCUCUCCUUGCGACAUUGAUAUUCUUAUUGUUAAUUGCAGUGGCUUUUGCCCUUCUCCUUCUCUGUCAUCCAUAGUCGUCAACAAAUAUUCCAUGAGAAGUGAUAUUAAAAGCUAUAACCUCUCUGGAAUGGGGUGCAGUGCAAGUGCUGUUGCCAUUCAUUUAGCUGAAAAUCUUCUUCAAGUACACGAAAACUCAAAUGCUGUUGUACUUAGUACAGAAAUUUUAUCAAACGGUUGGUAUGCAGGAAAGGAACACUCCAGACUAAUCCUCAAUUGCUACUUCCGUAUGGGCGGUGCGGCUAUUUUACUCACCAACAGAAAAGAGGCGAAAUUAUUUUCAAAAUAUAAACUAUUUAAAACCCUUAGAACACAGACAUCCUACGAUGAUAGAAGUUACUUUUCAGCCAUACGCGAAGAGGACAUGGAAGGAAAACUCGGCGUCUCUGUAACAAGAGAUACACUUCAGGUUUUCCCCGAAACACUCCGGAUCAACAUAACCCUUCUGGGUUCUUCAAUAUUGCCGCUGUCUGAGAAACUCCGGCACGUCGUUUCGAGGCUACGAAAGCGAUUCGUGGACAAAUCGCAAGAAAUUUACAUACCCAAUUUCAAGAGGGUGAUUCAACAUUUUUGCUUGCCGGUGUCGGGGGGUGCGGUGAUAAGGGCGAUAGGAAAAGUGCUGAAGCUGAACGAUAAGGAAGUGGAAGCGGCAUUGAUGACUCUGCAUAGAUUUGGGAAUCAGUCGUCAUCGGCGCUGUGGUAUGAACUUGCGUACUUGGAAGCUAAAGAAAGAGUUGAAAAAGGAGAUAAAGUUUGGCAGAUUGGGAUGGGUACUGGGCCCAAAUGUGUUAGUUUGAUUUGGGAGUGUAUUCGGCCCAUUUUAGGAGAGUCCAGUAACGAUCCAUGGGCCGAUGUGAUCGAUCAGUAUCCCAUCUUAGGCCCAUCAACUUAGAUCUUAAUGGCAUUAUUAAUCUACUUU